GAGGAGUUUGGCUAACCGUUAGCUGCUGCAUGAACAUUGUGAGCACACCCUGCCAACGAGCCAGUGUUAGCUAACGGCCACAAACAUGUCGGGGAAGAGUUUUCGAGUUAGCGACGGGGACUGGAUUUGUCCUGAUAAGAAGUGUGGAAACGUGAACUUUGCUAGAAGAACAAGUUGUAACAGAUGUGGUAGGGAGAAAACCACAGAGGCGAAGAUGAUGAAAGCCGGAGGAACAGAGAUUGGGAAAACUCUGGCUGAGAAGAGCAGAGGCCUCUUCAGUGCAAAUGAUUGGCAAUGCAAAACAUGCGGCAAUGUCAAUUGGGCUAGGAGGUCAGAGUGCAACAUGUGUAACACCCCGAAAUAUGCCAAGCUUGAAGAGAGAACGGGUUAUGGUGGAGGUUUCAAUGAAAGGGAGAAUGUGGAAUACAUUGAACGGGAGGAAUCCGAUGGGGAAUAUGAUGAAUUUGGUCGGAAAAAGAAAAAGUUUCGUGGAAGGUCCGGCAGCACGCCGCCCUCAAAAGAAGGUGAAAAGGAAGAAGUAGCUAAAGGUCCAGAUGACGAGGAAGAUGACGAGGAUGAAGAAGAUGGUGACCUUUCCAAAUACAAAUUGGAUGAUGAUGAAGAUGAGGAUGAAGAGGAGGGAGAAGGAGGAGGAGGAGGAGAUGCCAAGGGAGACUUGUCAAAGUACGACCUGGAUGCCAGUGAUGAGGAGGACAAGCCAGCUAAGAAAAAGGGCAGCCGCUCGGGUUCGUCCCAUUCAUCUUCGGCCUCCUCCAGCUCCAGUUCACGGUCGAGGUCCAGGUCCCGCUCUAGAAGCUCAUCCAGUUCCAGGUCUGGAUCUCGCUCGAGGUCCCACUCCAGAUCCAGCUCCAGGUCUGGAAAGGCCUCCUCUCCCCAGAAGAAGUCCCGCUCACCUUCCUCCUCACCUGAGAGGGGACAGAAGCGCAGUCGCUCCAGGUCCUCAUCUGGAGAGAAAAAGCGGAGGCGUUCUAGAUCACAUUCGUCCGAAAGGUUUGGGUUUCUGUGGAAUACCACAAUGGCACUGUCUAAUAUUAGCCAUCUGUCGCCUCGCUUAAGGGAGUUCAGAUUUACAGAAAUAUGUUCACAUUUUGCCUCGUUAUAUUGUUUUGACUGUGUACUUGUCUUAACUCUGCAUAAGUGAGAGUUAAUUGCUAAACUUGCUGACCUUGUUCUUCUUCCCAUGGUGUUUGUGUGAUUUCAGGCGCCGCGGCCAGUCCUCCGGAUCAUCCGAUUCUGGCUCCAGUUCAAAAAAGAAAUAAUUUAAUUACAGCCUUUUAAAACAAGUAAAGGAACCUUAGUAGAAAAGUGCAUGUUGUGUUUCAAGGAUACAACUACAUAAUUUCCAUAUGCUGUCCAUUUUCCUAGAAAAGUCUAAUUUCCCUAAAAAGCGACAGCAGCAACAUGGCGUCUCUCUGCCGUUACCCAUCAUUACAAGCUCCCUUUUCAAAACCACAUACAUCCUGUGACUGUGUGUGUAACUGCGGGUGUCCAAUAGACAUAAAUGUUUGGUUCCAUAGAAAAUCAGAUAUACUGUGAAGAGGCUGUGUGCCGUUUUAAACCCAUAUCUUCGUGGCAGUACAUUUUAUUCAACUCAUCUGUGGGGAAAUUGAAGUAAAUAUUUUUUGAUUACUUUUAUUUGACCACUUCAUUUUUUUAAUGAAUGCUUUCUUUUUUUUAAAAUCAAGGAUGAAGUACUUAAGCACCAAUUUACAAUAAUAGACGUAGCAAUGAAUUUUGGCCCCGUUGUAUUUUCUUCAUAAAUAUAUAUUUUGCUUUUUGUUUUCAAGGUAAGUAUUUUACUUUAUGAUAUUGCUUGUUUUAACUAAAUGGCAGUCAAUUCAACAUUCUUUGGUUUAGGUGUUUACUGUUCUUUUCUUUACACCUUUGUCACCUGUUUUAACACUCAAUUAUUCCUCUUAAUUUGUCUCUUGGGAAACUAUUACAUUCAAAAAUAAUAUUUGUGCUCCAGAUUAGUACACCCAGAAUAACCAACACCGUACAGUAUAUCCAGAUUCAUGGUAGUGUGGCAAUACUACUUUAUUGGUGAAACAACUCAAAUGUACACUUGUAAAUAAACUCCUGUUGAAAUGGUUUCUUGCUA